AUGUCUCAAUGCCGUAAGGAUUGGAGUCAGUACGGCAAUCAGUGCUUCUACGUCAACACAAAUGCACUGUCGUACAGAGACGCCAAGGCGCACUGUCAGUCAUUCGGAGGAGGGGCAAAUAUUGCCAGCAUAUCCGACAGUGGAACCAACAGUCACGUGAGCUCACUGCUGGUGAGCUCAGACAGAUACUACAUUGGCUACCAGGAUGCUGACAGUGAAGGGACAUUCACCUGGGAUGACGGAGCGAGUGUCACGUACAUUAACUGGCGAAGCAGUGAACCAACUGGAGGUUACAAUAGGAACUGUGUCGGGUUAUAUUCUGGAGGUUGGGAUAACUUCGGAUGUUCUCACAUAUUUAAGAGUGUGUGCAGAGCAAUUAUCCAGUAUACAGCCACGACCACAGGAUGCCCUUGUUACUGGGACUCUACGCGUAAUGACUGCGCAUGCUGCUACACCGGAGGAUGUAAUUGUGGAGCCGAUUACCCAGAUCGAUGCGUGGUCUGCGGCGGCGACUGUACCACAACUGAAGCUGAACCGCUUGAGGACUGGACACUCGUCUUUAAGCACGCCCGCUCUUCUGGAAUUAACUUAGUAGAUCUUUGGUCAGGGAGUGGAACCUACAACGAUGGGUCUGCUUCCGCUCAGAUCGUCACGUCAACUGCGGAUCACUAUAAGUCCAGUGCUGCUAACAACUACGACACAAACUCUAUCGAAUAUGUCAAGUUUGCCUUCUAUACUUCCGGUGGGUCAGAGGUCAUGUCAAUGACCUUUAAUGCGGCAAAUACAGACAAGACUAGUUGGUUCUCAUCGGGUCAGUUACUGUACGCACCAUAUACAGACAUCUACACUGCGUCCAAAAACUAUUUCUCGUUGGCUGGGGAUACUGGGCUCCAGCGAGCAUUCUUCAUUAACUCAUACUACGGGGGCUGCAGCAUCGAUGCUGGUUGGGCGUGCGUGAAAGACACUGGCUCCAGCACGGCCUGUUCAUGGGACGGAUACUACACCAAGCCCUUCUUUGUGUACAGUACAGCUAGCACUUACACUUCCUACCAAUCCGGGAGCAGAUCUUUUCCUGAAAUCAUGGCAAUUUUUUACAAGUAUUAUGACACUUCCACCAAUCAGGGCAUCUGUGAUGAUAGCUGGGACCUUGGUAACAGCGCGAGGUCAUGUUACCGGGUCGUUGAGUCUGCAGUGUCUUGGCCAGACGCGUUGGACGCGUGUCGCAGCCUUCGGUCCGAUGCUGAUCUUGUUAGCGUUGCGUCUGCUGACGAACAUGCCUCCGUACUUGCAGUGUCUCGGCGGACUUUCAUCGGAGCUGAGUAUUGGAUUGGCUUUAGUGACAAUAACGAGGAGGGAACCUGGGAAUGGAGUGAUAAUACUUACAGUACAUACACUGCCUGGAACCCCGGAGAACCAAACAAUGCCAAUAGUAAAGAGCAUUGUGGAGUGAUGAUGUAUUCAGAAGAAGGCUUAUGGUAUGACCUGGAUUGUGGCAGCUCCAAAUACUACAUCUGUGAAUACCCGUUGAACGUCAUAUCUUGUGCAGAGUGGAAACGCCAGGGAUAUACCAGCAAUGGGUAUUACGUCAUCGACCCCGACGGUCCAGGACAAGGGAACGAUCCGUAUCGGAUUUACUGUGAUAUGACGUCCGAUGGAAGCACAGGCAUCACGGUGUUCAACCAUAACCAAGAGAUGCGUCAACAUGUGCAAGGUUAUGAGAGCCCGUUAUCGUACGUACGGACCUUGAGAUACAACGACGUCACCACAGCUCAAGUAACCGCUUUAGCAGAUAUAGCUGGAUCCUGCACUCAAUAUAUUUCGUUUGAGUGUUAUGGGUCCACAGGAUCGUACGGUUACACUGCGUGGUUCACUCGUAACGGAGACAUGGCUGACUACUGGGGUGGAGCGCCCUCAUCGACUAGCGUUUGCGCAUGCGGUUACUACGGUAAUUGUGACAAUGGGCAUUCCCGAUGCAAUUGUCAGGUAAAUGACUACAAUUGGCGCUCUGACGUCGGAGACCUGAGCGAUAAGAAUGAUCUACCUGUUACACAAAUAAAAAUAGGUGAUACGGGCAACGGGGACGAGCAAGCGUACCACACAGUCGGCCCGCUCUACUGCAAGUCGGAUGAGUCAUAUGUCAUUACCGGUCGAACUGAUUACAUCAUGACCGACAACGGCUACAUAUCGGGUUUGAACGAAGAAACCAUAUCAAGCACGACAGUGGAGAAUUGCGCGGCAGAAUGUGCAGGGCGCACCUCCUACACCUGUCGCUCGUUUGACUUCUCGAAAAGCUCCUCCACCUGUUACCUUAGUGUUGAGACGGAUGAAACUGUGGCGCUGUCUUCAAGCAGUGAUUUCUCUUUCUAUAGGCGCAAAUUGCCAGGGCAGGAAAAUCCCAAUAGAGAGAGCAACAACUGUGCUAGCGGCUGGGCAGAGUACAAUUCAAAAUGUUACUUCGCUGGAGUUUCGAGGAAAUCUUGGUACGACGCUGAACUCUACUGUGAAACACAAGGAGGUUCCUUGGUUACUGUGGACGAUGAAGCUGAACAUGAAUUCCUGGUUAGGAUUGGACGCUGGGCAAUGCCUUCCGAUGAAUGGUUCUGGAUUGGAAUAAAUGACAUCCAAAAUGAGGGAACGUGGGUAAAUGUAGACCAAUCGAAUGCUACUUAUAAUAGAUGGCGUUCUGGCGAACCUAACGGUGGCGACAUAGAAAAUGGCGCCAUCAUGUCUGUGUAUGAUAACCUUGACUGGCUGGAUUACACGGUGGAUUCAACGUACAAUUUCUUCUGUGAGACGAACAUCGGUGCAAGCGCAAUUGCCGCACCGACCACCCACUCCCUCUGUAGCUCCGGCUGGUUCCACGAUGACCACAGCUGUUACUACUUCUCCACGGGUACCAGCAACUGGGAUAACGCCCGGGCGUCUUGUCAGUCCUCCAACGCGGACCUGGUCAUGAUCACCAAGGGAAGGGAGUGGGACUUUCUGGUGAAUCACCGGAGGUAUCACUUCUCCAAUCAGCGCUUCUGGAUCGGAGCUAGCGACUCGGCGAGCGAAGGUGAAUUCCUCUGGAUAAACGAGGACUCAUUCUCGUCUACAUCGCUGAAGUGGGCGAGUGGUAGUCCGGAUGAUGGUGACUCAAACGAGGACUGUGUGGAGUUCAAUGAGUAUCAGGAACUAAAUGAUGAAACAUGCACCGAUGGACUCUACUACAUUUGCGAAAACGAUUUGUACCCUGUAGCUGUUCCAGCAAACUUUGCAGUCGAGACAAAAAGUACCAGCCAAAUUGAGGUAGUGUGGAGUCCAAGUAUUCUUUCUGAUGGACAGGACACAGAUGUGACUGGAUACAGACUUUAUUAUUGGUUGAUAAACGACAUGAACAACACCAUUGCCAAUAUGGAUUUUGGCGCUGACGUUUACCGAUACAUCUUGUCAUCGCUAACACCCGGUACAACGUAUGAGUUCAUGAUUGCUGCAUUCAGCUCCCAAGGAGAAGGGCCCACUACAGAUCCGCCGCUCCUUGCUACGACAAAAUCAUCAGUUAUCCGUACGGAUACCGACCGUCUGAAAGUUUACAUCAUCAUUAAAGGACAGCGCCUCAGACAGCACGCCAUGACCGAAUUUCAAAUAGCCUCGCUCACUCAGUGCACAAACAUCUGCACGUCGCUCGAGACUUGCGUGUCGGUCAACUUCCAUUCCAAGUCUCGAGACGCUCUGAAGACGUGCGAGAUCAACGAUGAGACCCACACGAGCAUGGCUAGCGAUAUGGAGGACGAUCGCGAGUACACCUACGCUUCGGUCGAGGGCUACUAAAGGCAGAUUUUUAUGAACUACAUUUGGUGCGUUGGAUUAGCUUCCCUGUGUCGACCCCACAGUGCUCAUUCGGGUGAGCCCCUGACAAGA